CACAUUAAUAGUUAUUAGUUUUGAGAAACUGGAAGAGAAAAUGGCGAAAGUGGAACAAUCUGAAAGCAAGUUCGGCAGGUAGAGGGCAAGAUGCAUCGUUCGUAUCAGCCAAUAACGCCAACAAACAACAUUUUCCUGCGAAAACGCUGGGACCAGCAGCGAUACCAAGCCCAUCGGGAUAAAGUCCGAAAAUCUGUUGCAGUUUUGGACACACAUCCCCCCAGAACAUACAUGCACCUGCACGUGAAGCUCACCAAACUACAGAAAGAGGAUAACAGGUUAGCCAUAAUAGAGCGAGAUAACCGGAUUCUGCUGGAAAAGAUGGCGAACAUUAUGCAGACAUACGGAGGCGUGGACAACAAAAAUAAUUACAAACAGAAAAGCUUAAACAGGACACAGCGCCAGCGAGAAUUGUUGAGAAUUACGCACGAAAAUAUCGCCAUUUUGAAACGCAUCACCACAAAAGAACCGCAUUACUGUCACUUGAGAUACGAAGCGGAUUACAAGGCACAUAAACAGUACCUACUAAAUAUUACCAGAUAUCCUCAAAAUAUGAAGAAGAAGAACUUUAUGAAGCUGACUGAAAAACAGUCGAAAAAUCAGAAUGCUGACAAGGAGUCCGACAAGAAAAUCAAGAAACAGGCAAAUGACCUAAGUGACAAAGAGGAUUAAAGUUUAUAAAAUGAACAGCAAAGCACAAAGAUAACAUAUAGGCUAUACACACUUGUAGAAGGCCACAUCAGUUUUUUUCUUUCUUUUCUUUUGUUCCAAUCAUGAACAGGUAUUUUUUAUGCUGAAUAAAACAUGUAGCCCUGAUUAACAGGUUUUUAUUAGUUACAUUAUAGUCCGAUUUUCUUU